UAAAGUGCAUGAGCACAGAACGACCAACAAAAAAACAACCCACACUCAGCUUAAAGACUUCGCACUUUUUAACUGUAAGCCUGGCUCACUCACCAACCUGUAGAUUUGACUGAUGACACUGAGGGUUCAGAUGAAUAUCUUGGCGAUCAUUGUCCUUACAGUUACGGCUGUUGGUCCUCUUAGUGCACGAGCAGCCGUACUUGACGAUCAUGAUGGACCUAGUACUGGCACCGCAUGCUCUUGGCAGUCGUGCGGGGGGACCCCGUGCCCAGAAACCCGUGUUAUAAAGACCAGAACUUGCAACUUGACCAUUGGUGGCCGCACGUCGACUCAGUACUGUUGUCACUCUUAGUAGCAGUGAGAAAGCAUGAUUCGGAGCGCAAAGUAGGGAUGAACUUCAACAAUUC